AUGCCGGCUCUUCUCAACUUCUCGACCGGCUUUGCGCCUCUCCGCAUUCCCCAGCGGCGAAAUCGUUCCUCGCCGGCCAAACCCUGUCGCAAGCAGCGUGCCUCCUCUCAAACGCUCAGCGCAUCAAUCCUCAACCUCUUGUUACUGCCACCAGCAACAUGCGUGUUUUUCUUCCUCAUCCGUCCGCCCGGCCACCAAGCUAACCCAGCACAGCGUCUCCGCGAAAUUACGGACCCAACAUCCUCCCCUUCCGCCACCAAGGAAGAGAAUCCAUACCACCAUCUUCGCAUCACAGUCACCAGCGGCGGAUGCCAUGGUUUCCAAUACAUAAUGUCCCUAGAGGGGGCCUCCAAAAUUGAUCCUGACGAAGAUACUGUGUUUGAAGGAGAAGCAGAUGAAGCUGCAACAGAGUCGGCCGGCGAAGCCAAGGUUGUGAUGGAUGAGCCCUCGCUCGAGCUGCUGCACGGCAGUACCGUGGACUACACCACCGAGUUGAUCGGGAGCCAGUUCAAGAUCGUGGAUAACCCCCGCGCAACAAGUAACUGCGGUUGCGGGACAAGUUUCGAUGUCAGUGAUUGA